AUGCCUUCCACAGCAUUCAUACUGUAUCUUCUCUUGUCCUUCCUGUGUUCUUUGAUAAACGUAGUCCCCACCGUAUCUCACAUGUUACAAGGUCAUUCGGGGCCUGCAUGUUUUGGUAUCUGGGUCGUGGUACUCAAUGCUUUAGCCUUCAUUAAUGGUAUUUUAUGGCCACAUGACGCUAUAGAUCGUGCUCCAAUAUUCUGCGACAUUUCGGCCAAGGCAGUGGGUUUGAUCGGUCCACUCGGUCUCCUGAUCUCGAAUUGGUGCAUCAUCCGAUACUUGGCUCACAUUGUAACUCCCAACAAGGCUCUCGAAUGUCGCGAAACAGCCAGACGAAGGAUGGUGGCCGAUUACAGCAUGUCAUUCGGGAUUCCUGCAUUGAUCGGUUUGGCGUCAUUGAUCGUCCAAGUCUCUAGAUAUCAAGUAUAUAAGUUGGUUGGUUGUUCCAAUGUGUCAGCCCUUACCUGGCCGGGAAUAUUCAUCGUCUUGAUGUGGUCUCCGAUUCUCUGUGGAGUGUCUUGCGGCUAUUCAGUGUAUGUGCUGUAUUGGUUGAUUCGCCAGCACACGAAUCUCAAAGCACUCGUUGCAAAGUCCCAAACACCCUUAAAUCUGUCCCGGUUUGUCCGCAUGUGUGCCCUCGCCGCUACGUAUUUAUGCAUCUCGGCACCUGUCACCAUUUUGGGAACUAUUACCACAGUCUACGAUACCGGACCUUACGUUCCUUGGACUUCUUGGCAGACAAUACACAAUGAUGAUAACAAGCUUUCAGACGUCCGACAAAAUCCUCUGUAUGAGCUGAAAUCCCGUGACUGGGUAUUCGUCACUUCAGGAUCUACCGUGUUCAUUUUCUUUUCUUUUGCGAGCGAGUCCAUCAUUAUAUACAAGAGGCUUGUUAGUCUCAUCCGCUUGGAUCGUUUGGGCAAAUGGGUUCGACCAGAUAGAUUUUUGAGGGGAACACUGAACAAAGCAGAUGGAGUCAAAAAAGUACAGUUUCCUGCUCCGUUGGAUCAUGAUCAUUCCAUCAAUCAUCCAGCAUGUCCUCUCAGACCCUUCCCAGCUGAAUGUCCAUUCAUAGAGUUAAACUCACAUAUGUGUGUUUCAGGGGUUCGCGAUGAUAACCAUGUUUCUGUAAAACAGGAGCACACCUUACUUUGUUCUUAG